UAGCGGAUCCAGUGUCCGCACCACACAACCUAUCUCACCUCCAGACUCGAUCCGCGAGCCAACUCGGGUGGCAAUUGCGCCGGGAACACUAACCAUCAUCCUUAACUUUCGCCCGUCUUUGCAUCCGUGCACCUCACCCUCCUCAUAUAUCCGGAUCGCCCUUCGUCUGCAACAUCUUGCAGGCGCGACGAGACUGACCUUCUUUGCCGACGGCACACCCUCAUUCGCAUGAUGUCGUGGAAACUGACCAAGAAACUAAAGGAGACCCAUCUGGGUCCCCUGACCAGCACAUUCUCUCGAUCCCCCUCCACGUCGACCAUCACAGACAAGGACGACAAGAGCCAGGGUGCCAUCUCCGGGACGGCGACACCUACAAAUGAGAGCACUAUCGCGGCCUCGGAAGCCCUCUCCCAGACACCCCCUGUCAAGGCCCCGAAACCCGGCAUCCUCGUCGUUACCCUUCACGAAGGCCAAGGGUUCUCCCUCCCGGAACAACACAGAAAUGUCUUUAACUCGUCCCAUGGCGGCAGCUCCCUGUCAACAGGGAACGCCCUUAGCAUGGCAGGAUCUGCCCGUCCCGGAUCCGCUAAGUCGUCGGGUUUCGCUGGCGCCCGGCCACAGACCGCCGGCGGAUUCAGCGGCAUUCCGACCAACCACGGCCGAAUCUCCACGAAGUACAUGCCCUACGCGCUGAUCGACUUCGACAAGGUUCAGGUUUUUGUCAACUCGGUCGAGGGCACCCCCGAGAACCCACUCUGGGCCGGGUCCAACACACAGUACAAGUUCGACGUUUCCCGGGUAACCGAAUUAGUGGUACACCUCUACAUCCGGAAUCCCAAUGCUCCACCGGGAUCCGGUCGGAGCCAGGACAUCUUCCUUGGCGUGGUACGCAUCAAUCCCAGAUUCGAGGAGAGGCAGCCAUACGUCGAGGACCCGAAGGCCAGCAAAAAGGACCGGGAGAAGGCAGCGACCGAGCAUGCCAACCGUGAGCGCGCCUUGGGGCUCAGCGGCGUCGAGUGGGUCGACGUGCAAUACGGCACGGGCAAGCUCAAGAUCGGCGUCGAGUAUGUCGAAAACCGGGCUGGCAAGCUCAAGAUCGAGGACUUCGAGCUGCUCAAGGUGGUCGGAAAGGGCAGCUUCGGAAAGGUCAUGCAGGUGCGCAAGAAGGACACGAACCGAAUCUACGCGCUUAAGACGAUUCGAAAAGCGCACAUCAUCUCGAGAUCGGAAGUGGCCCACACCCUGGCCGAGCGGUCGGUCCUAGCGCAGAUCAACAACCCUUUCAUCGUGCCGCUCAAGUUCACAUUCCAAAGUCCCGAGAAACUCUACUUCGUCCUCGCCUUCGUCAACGGUGGCGAGCUUUUCCACCACCUCCAGAAGGAGCAGCGCUUCGAUGUCAACCGCAGUCGAUUCUAUACGGCCGAAUUGCUCUGCGCCCUCGAGUGCCUCCACGGUUUCAACGUCAUUUAUCGCGAUCUGAAGCCCGAGAACAUUCUUCUCGACUACCAGGGUCAUAUUGCCCUGUGUGACUUCGGGCUCUGCAAGCUCGACAUGAAGGACGAAGACCGCACCAACACAUUCUGCGGAACGCCCGAGUAUCUGGCGCCAGAGCUUCUGAUGGGCAACGGAUACAACAAGACGGUUGACUGGUGGACGCUGGGUGUCUUGCUCUACGAGAUGUUGACGGGUCUCCCACCCUUCUACGACGAGAACACCAACGAGAUGUACCGCAAAAUCCUCAGCGAGCCACUGCACUUCCCAGGUCAUGACAUCGUGCCGCCAGCGGCCAAAGAUCUCUUGACCAAGCUGUUGAACCGCGACCCCCAGCAGCGGCUUGGGGCCAACGGGUCAGCCGAGAUCAAAGCACACCCCUUCUUCCACGCCAUUGAUUGGCGUAAGCUCUUGCAGCGCAAGUAUGAGCCUGCAUUCAAGCCGAGCGUGGCCGAUGCCCUGGACACAGACCAGUUCGACCCCGAGUUCACGUCGGAACCGGCUCACGAUUCGUACGUCGAGGGUCCUGUGCUUUCCGAGACGCUGCAGAACCAGUUCACUGGUUUCAGCUACAACCGCCCGAUUGCCGGACUUGGAGAUGCUGGUGGCAGUAUCAAGGACCCGUCAUUCGUGGGUAGCAUUCAGGGCAGCUUGAGAUGAGGCGACAGUGCUUUGAAGACCAUUGCGGAAAUUCGAGAGUGCGAGGACGUCUGUGGUGUGGUGCUGCACGCCCUUUCAAGCUGAGUUGGGCCCACCGACAGGUACUAGUAGUGUCCAGCACCUUGGCUUGACGACACUUCGACACGAACCGCAGGUGAGACACCCGGAUAGCGCAGGGCGUAACCAUGCAUUUUCCUUGG